CUGAAGUUCAGCCACGCAAGCACCUUAUCGCCAAGCCACCAUGAUGACAUCAAUCCCGUGCGGCUUGUCACAGAAUCGGGGAUGGCUCCUUGCAGUUCAUGGAACCGGUUUCGAAUUGUCUCGUACGCCACUCAAUGAGUCUAGAAGUGACGAGGCCUCUCAUAUCAGUGAAUCGUCCCUAAUAAAUACCUGUUCGUCUAUUAAAGACAUCUCCCACCCAGAAUUUAAAGAUUCAGUCCACUUAGAUUCUCUCUUAUACCUGACACGAAGCUACCCCGCCAUUGACUCUCAACCUUAAACCUUACAACUUCAACAACACCUACAGCUCUACAUUAGUACCUAUAAUCCGAUGUCGAAUCCUGAGAAAGCUCCCCAGUAUUCUGCUGGCGACCAGCAUGGAGGUGGUCUGCUUCCUACCGCCGACCCUUCUCAGAAUCAACCUCAAGACUCCUCUCUGCCUCCAGCAUACAACCAAGGAUCUGCUGAGCUUCCUGGGGACGAGAAGCCCCGCCAACCCCAAAAUCCCGAUCAACAUGUCCAGUUCGCAGGAUCCCAGAGCCAGCAGCAACCUCCUCCGUUUUCGUCUACUGCCGGAACCGAGCAAUAUCCCAGUGCUGCAGAGGAAAAGCGCCAGCUAGAGCAGCAGUACUUCCCUCCCCCUCCUCCCGGUCCUCCUCCUGCGCAAGACCAACACCAAGCUUCCGCUGCUCACCCGAACCCUCUCCAGGGCAACCCAGUCACCGUACCUCAACAGCAUCAGGAGACUCACCAGCCUUUUGACGCUCAGCAGUCUCAGCAGGCCCAGCAAAACUACGCUAUUCCGCAAUACGACCCUGCUCAUCCUACUUUUGCGCCCCCUCCUACGAAUCAGCCGGCUCAGGCUCAGGAGCCACCCCAACCAAGCCCUACAGCUCCUACCCAUGGUCACGGUUUCGGCCAUAGUCCCGAGACAACCACAGCCCAGGCUUCGACUUCCGCGCAUCCUGAGACACACAAGAAGCCUGGUUGGAGCGAGAAGUUCAGCCAGCUUGGUAUCAAGGCCGCUGCGCCUAUCAACAACUUGGCGCACAAGUUUGGUAGCCAGAGUUUCCUCCCCGAGACUAUCGACAAGGAGUGUGACAAGGCAGCUUCUAUUCUGAAGUCCUUCUGCAAAAACGGUGUCUACGCCGAUCCUAGCUCUAGCCAGGUCCCCACAUCCACAGACCCCAAGGCACAGGAGACUAAUGACGAGAUCAUCGAUCCUACCAAAGAGAAGCCCAAGAAGAGAGUUCUUGUCAACAUCCCUCCCAAGGUCAUCGCCAAGGCUCAAGGUCUCGCUAUCUUCACGACUCUUCGUGCCGGCUACGCUUUCUCGGGUGCCACAGGUUCAGGUAUCCUGAUCUCUCGUCUUCCUGAUGGAUCAUGGGGUCCUCCUUCAGGUAUCCAAGUACACUCCGUUGGCGCCGGUUUCAUGAUCGGUCUUGACAUUUACGACUGUGUCUGUGUGAUCAACAGCCGUGAAGCACUCAACGCUUUCGCCAAGACCCGUGUUGCUUUGGGCAGUGAUCUUGCUGUCGUCGCUGGUCCAUAUGGCGCCGGAGGUGCCGUCGAGAUUGGUGCCGCCAUGGAUGGAAAGAAGAAGGACAAGGAGAACAAGGACGAAGAGGCACCACCCAAGCCUCCCCGCCCUACUGAGGAUAACCAAGGCCUGAAGCCAGAGACCGAUGCCGACAAGAAGAAGAAGCGCCGCAGCUUGAGCACCGGCGCUUUCAAGCCUGUCUUCUCCUACGUCAAGUCCCGCGGUUUCUACGCAGGCAUCCAAGUCGACGGCACCGUCGUCGUCGAGCGCAAGGAUGCCAACGCUGCUUUCUACGGCGAGCGCGUCUCGGUCGAGCAGAUCAUCCGCGGAGAGGUUCCCCGCCAGAGCGGCAUGUGGCCCGCUGGUGCACGCAAUCUUCUCGAGGCUCUGAAGGGUGCUGAGGUCGGAUCUCUCAAGGUCAAUUCCGUGUCUCCGACCGAUCGGGACCCCACUUCGGCGUCGGGGGCUAGUGCGGGACAGACACAGCCUCCGGGAUAUGUCGAUGAUGGAGUUCACCGACCUGAAGUUGGAGAUGUGAAGUAUCGUUAGAGACAAGGAUGGAUAUUAAUGAGAUAUCGCGACUGGGAGAGGUAAUAUUUUAAUCGGUUCCUAGCUAAGCGUCUUCAAUCACAAUGAUACCACCGAAAGUCGCAGUGACAGACAUAUUUCCUCGCGUCAAUCUGAUUGGCCUUCCACACCAUGUUCUCUUUGGCACAGAGUCUGUAAGAACCUUAAUCGCAUGAGAUUUUGUAUUUGUUAUAGGAAAAAUAAAGUCUAUUCUGCCUGAAAGACGGAAAAGACGGAAAGGUUAAGGUGUUGUUUUUGCAGAGUGGCUGAGAUUUAUCUUGUGGGAUGUUGAACUCUCUGUCCAUGUCAGCCGAGGCUUGACUACCUAAUCAUAUAUUUGAUGGCUAUUUGUUGAGAGUUGAUAUUGGCUGCAGGGAAAAUAGAGUAUAUUCUGCCUAAAAGAGGGAAAGCUAAUGUUCUAUUUUGACCGAGUGACUUAGAUCUAUCCUGCGGGAAGUUGAUUGCAAUUGCCGACCAAAUGAAAUGAAUCACCUUAGGUUCCUCGAAGAGGGAUCCAACAACACCUCAAAGAAAUCUGCAGCUGCCGAUGAAAAGGAUAAAGAAAAUCCGAAUCUGUAGUGGCUUAGUGGUGUGAGAUGCCGGGUGAAGGGGUUAAACGAAGCCUUCAGUGUUGAUAAAUAUUAAAGGGCCGGGCACAAUCAGGGUAAUUUCGUGGGGGUUUAAAGGAUUAUUCUGAUAAUACUAUGUUAUUCCAUGAAGUUGACUAGCGCCUGUGGGUAUCUUGAUAUCUUUCUUCCGCAGGUUAAAAAAAAUAUCGUGUUGUCAUCUAUUACCUGUGUUCGCAGCC